GUUAUCCAUCCGAUGGCCUCGGCAUGAACAGCGUCCACUGUUCGGAUCUGAUCUCAUGCAUUGCGACGAUGGAGAUAGGGAAUGUGUGUAUGAAAUUGGGUGGAUGCAAAAGUUCCCAUGUCCACAUUUGUGGACGGUGCAAAAAUUUAAGUGGGAAUGUGAGGCAACUACAGAUGGAUUUGGACAGACUUAGUGAACAGGCAAGAUCAGGACAGAGCUUAAACAGAAGUUGUUCGAGAAACUCCGCAGGUCUAGUAACAUUUGUGCAGAGAAAGCAGAGUUAACGUUUCAAGUCCAGUUCUUCACACCGUAAUGUGGAACACUACAGAACGUAACGUGGAAACGUGAGGUUAUCUACUUUGGUAGGAGAAACAGAUGUGCGUAUUAUUUUUAAAACGGAUAUUUUAGGAUCUGGCCAUGUCGAGGCUGCUAAGGUGUUUCCCUUCUCCUUUUCUUCGUGGAAAGCUGCCUGUGUUAGCGGAGUGCUCCCGCUGGAUUCCUGUCCGUCCCAUAGGCAGCGCCCCAUCUAAGGAGGGCAAUGAAAAUAACCGGACACAAUUCCCUCUGAAAAGAUGGAAAGAUAAUGCAGAAACAGUGAUUAUCGGAGGUGGCUGUAUUGGAGUUAGCCUGGCUUAUCAUCUUGCCAAAGCUGGGAUGAAAGAUGUGAUUUUGCUGGAAAAGUCGGAGCUAACAGCUGGCUCUACGUGGCAUGCAGCUGGUUUAACAACAUAUUUUCAUCCUGGGAUCAAUUUGAAGAAAAUUCAUUACUACAGCAUCAAACUUUAUGAAGCUUUGGAGGAAGAGACUGGUCAGGCAGUCGGCUUUCAUCAGCCUGGCAGUGUUCGGAUUGCUACCACCCCAACACGAGUGGAUGAAUUUCAUUACCAAAUGACCCGGACACGGUGGAAUGUAACACCACAGUUUUUGAUUGGGCCAGAGAAGGUGCAGGAAAUCUUCCCUCUGAUAAAUAUUGACAAGGUUCUUGCUGGGUUGUAUAAUCCUGGAGAUGGCCACAUUGACCCUUAUUCACUCACCAUGGCUUUAGCAGCUGGAGCAAGGCAGUAUGGAGCUGAGCUGUAUUAUCCUGUUGCAGUAACUGGUCUUUCAUCAAGAUCUGAUGGAACAUGGGAUGUGGAAACACCAGACGGUAUUAUUCGUGCAAACCGAGUAGUGAACUGUGCAGGAUUCUGGGCUCGUGAAAUUGGAGAUAUGAUUGGUUUGGAGCAUCCCCUUAUCCCUGUCCAUCAUCAGUAUGUCAUCACAGCAACAGUCCCAGAGGUGAAGGCACUGAAACACGAGCUUCCUGUUCUCCGUGAUUUGGAAGGGUCGUAUUAUUUGCGGCAAGAACGUGAUGGUCUGCUGUUUGGUCCCUAUGAAGUUCAGGAGAAAAUGAAAAUACAGGAGUCUUGGUUGACGGAUGGUGUCCCCCCAGGAUUUGGCAAGGAACUUUUUGAAUCGGAUUUGGAUAGAAUCAUGGACAAUGUUGAAAAUGCUAUGGAGAUGGUCCCAGUUUUGAGAAAAGCAGACAUAAUUAACAUCAUAUCAGGCCCUAUCACAUACAGCCCAGACAUUCUUCCUAUGGCUGGACCACACCAGGGUGUCCGGAACUACUGGGUGGCUAUUGGCUUUGGAUAUGGAAUCAUUCAUGCUGGUGGGAUUGGAAAAUAUCUUAGCGACUGGAUUAUGGAUGGGGAGCCUGAUUUUGACCUCAUUGAACUCGAUCCCAAUCGCUUUGGAAAAUGGACGACAACCAAAUUCUCAUUGGCUAAAGCAAGAGAAUCAUAUGGGUUCAAUAAUGCCGUUGGAUAUCCCAAAGAAGAGAGGUUUGCGGGAAGACCAACAGAAAGAGUAAGUGGAAUUUAUGAAACCUUGAAAGCCAAAGGAUCCAUGGGGUUCCAUGCUGGCUGGGAGCAGCCACACUGGUUCUACAAACCUGGAGAUGACGCUGAAUACAGGCCAAGUUUUCAUCGCACAAACUGGUUUGAACCAGUUGGAAGAGAGUGUAAACAGGUCAUGGAAAAAGUAGGAGUAUUUGAUCUAACACCUUUUGGAAAGUUCAGUUUGAAGGGAAAGGACUCCGUUAAACUUCUGGACCGCCUCAUUGCAAAUGUUGUUCCAAAGAUGGGCUCUAUAAACAUCAGUCAUAUGAUUACACCAAGAGGGCGAGUGUAUGCUGAGGUAACAAUCAGCCACUUGUCAGAGGAGGAGUUCCUGCUGGUGACAGGAUCGGGGUCAGAGCUCCAUGACCUAAGAUAUAUAGAGGAAGAGGCAGUGAAUGGUGGCUAUGCAGUUGAGAUUCACAAUGUGACUGAUGAGAUCGGAGUGCUGGGUGUAGCAGGGCCAUUUUCACGGAUGGUCCUUCAGAAACUCACGACAGUAGACAUGAGUGGAACAGCGUUUAAGUUCCUGCAGUGUAAGCCUGUCACUCUGGCUGGUAUCCCCCUUACAGCUAUGAGGAUUUCCUACACAGGUGAGCUUGGGUGGGAGUUGUACCACAAACGACAAGACACUGCUGCCCUCUACACUGCCAUCAUGGAGGCAGGGCAGGAAUUUGGAAUUGACAACUUUGGAGCGUAUGCUAUGAACUCCCUACGACUUGAGAAAGCAUUCAGAGGCUGGGGAGCAGAGAUGAACUGUGACACAAACGCCUUUGAAGCUGGAUUGGACUAUUUCAUCAAGUUAAACAAGCCAAUCGACUUCAUAGGAAAACAGGCUUUGAUGAACAUCAAGAAGGAGGGUGUUCAGCGCAAAUUGGUGUACCUUACCAUGCAGACUGACAAUGUGGAUCCUGAAGGAAAUGAAAGUGUUUGGUAUGAAGAUAAGGUUGUAGGUAACACCACAUCUGGAGCCUACAGUUAUAACACUCAGCAGAGUGUGGCCUUCGCAUAUGUGCCUCUGGAGCUCAGCAAAAUAGGACAACAGCUAGAGGUGGAACUACUGAAUAAAAAAUACAAGGCAGUAAUCGUCCAGGAGCCACUGAUACUGACAGAGCCAACCAGGACUCGAAUGAAGAAGAAAAGCUCAAGUGCUUGAGGGACAGUAUUGUAUAAAGAGAAAGCAACUCUGUAUCAUAUUUUGGUAGGGUAUUAACCAUUUCUAUUAAGCCCUAUUUCAUCUGGGACCAAGCUUCUAUUUACUCACACUUCCCUGCCUGGAUAUGCAGACCCCAGCAAAAUGGCCUUGUUGCAGAAAACAUAAAACAGCCGCUGCUGUCCCAUAGUGUGAGUCUCAGAACUUUUGAAUACUAAGUGGGUAAGUAUGCCUGUGUUUACACAACACCUUAUAGCCCUGAUCUCUACCUUGUUUAAAGGAGACUUUACAAAUUUCAAACACAGCAUUUAAUGUGAAAAAAUAAAUAAGACUGAUUAUAAAACUUGCUGCAAUUUUACAAUUGGGAAGUUUUUUUAAGGUGAAUUGACUGUUGCAUUGAAUAACUUUUACUUUCAAUGUGUCAGUCACUUGCUGUGAAAAUGCUUUACCCAAGUGGAAGUAAUACAAUGGAAGUUCGGUUAUUUUAUAAAGUCACAUGUAUCAUUAUCAUUCCUUAACUGAAUUCCAACUAAUGCUAGAUGGUUGGAAGUUAUUUUGCCUUCACAGGAAAGAAAAAUUCAAAGCAGUAUUUGAUUUUUAUAUUUUAAUAUAAGCUGAAAUCAUAACUGAACGAUGUGAAAGAAAAGUCCAAUUAUGUUGCAUCGAUCAACAAUACUCAGUGACAGAUAUAAAUAUGAGAUCUUGAAUUUCAGCUCUUCCAUUGGGUGCUGAGAUAUGCCACCAUUCUGGAAAUUGAUAAGGUACCUCUAAAGGAAGUUUUCACUUCUCUGAACCAUGAGUUCAGAUACUUCAGUGUGCUGCUGAAAAGGUAUAACAAAAUAGCAAAAACUUCUCUAAAUGAAACCAUUUGUUUAAAGUUCCAAGGUUUUCCAAGGUCAAACAUCCACAACAUCAACAUGAUCAGGAACUGUUCUGAACAAGUCAGGAAAUGGUCGAUGACCAUCAAAUGAUAGGGUGGCCUACUUCUAGGUUUCAAAACUAAAGCCUUGACUUUAAUUUGGGCCUUGAACUAGAUGGGUGAUACAUGCAGUUGGUAAUCCAUUCCUUGCACGUUCUUCCUUGCUUCAGCAUGAGUGCAACAAUGAAUGGAAAGGAAUUUCUGCCUGAGUAAUCGCAAAUGUUGCAGCAAAUCCAUCCUGUUAUGAACUGAAAUGAUGCAAUCCACAAAUAUCCUGAUAUAUUAAUUGAUUUUUGUUCAGAAAUGGAGCAAUGGUGUGAAAACAAAUUGCCAGUCACCUUCCUUUAGAUAAAAUGCCAGCAGUAAGUUAGUCUGAACAGGGAGGCUUGAGAGAUAUCUCACAGCUCCUGGUGGUUAGACAAAGUGGGCAAUAACAAUGUGAUGUUUACAUCAUCAGAAACAGAUACUUAAAAGUCAGAGGAUUGAGAAAUGAUAAGAACAACUUGUAGGCAUACUGAUCAGUGUCCCUUUAGUACUACAGCAAGUGAUACUUUUACUCAUGAAAAUGGUAACUGUCAUAAGUUUUUAAAAACCUGUUAUAACUACUGUGAAUGUUUGUCUGAUUUAAUAGGAAUAGCAGAGGAGGUGAUUUGAGAACAAAUGUUUCCUUGUAAUUUGAAACAUAAAAUGUGAACUAAUUUGUAUUAAGUAGAAGAUUAAUUACUUAGUCUGUUGUAUUGUAUUUAUUUAAAACAAUUCAACAUAUUUGCAUUAAUGCCUUACAAAUAAACUUGUUUUUUGGAA